AUGGGGUUGCUGGAGUUUCUCUCCGUUGUUUUUGGUGUGAUUUAUACAGCGGCUUGGUCAAUCAGCUUCUACCCGCAACCGUUGCUUAACUUUCGCCGCAAGUCGGCGUCGGGGACUACAGUGGAUUUUCCCUUGGUAAACUGUUUAGGCUUCGCCGCUUACUUUGCCUCCAACUGCGCAUUCUUUUACUCGCCCUUGAUCCGUGCCCAGUAUGCCGCCCGCUACAAGGGCCUGACCCCAACGGUGCAGUUCAACGACAUCGCAUUUGCCACCCACGGCCUGGUGCUUUCCGCCAUCACGGCCAGCCAGUACUUCUACGCCCGCGCCUGGGGAUUCGGCCCCAACGUGGGCAACCGGCCCAGCCGCUUUAUUCUGGGUAUCUUCUUCGGCUGCCUGCUGGGCGUCGUAGCCGUGCUCUUUGUUGUGCUCGGCUCGCCGGAGCGAGACAGUACCGACGAGGCUGUCUCCUCGUGGGUUUGGCUGGACGCCAUCUACGCCGUGUCGUACGUCAAAUUGGUGGUCACGCUCAUCAAGUACACGCCGCAGGUCAUUGUCAACCACCGGAAUCGGUCUACUAAGGGCUGGAGCAUCCUGCAGGUUCUGCUUGAUUUCUCGGGAGGUAUUCUGAGCAUUGGCCAGCAGGGGAUUGAUAGUUACUUACAGGGUGACUGGUCUGGGAUUACGGGGAACCCUGUCAAGUUUGCGCUCGGGAAUGUUUCCAUGAUUUACGACUUGGUUUUCAUGGCCCAGCACUAUGUGAUGUACCGCGGUGCGGAUGGAAAACCGCAGGAAGGCGACUCGUUGCUUCGGUCUGACGAGGAACGCCGGAUUGACUAG